GCCCUCAGCGGAGAACCUCUCCCUUAAGUUUUGAUUUAUUUAUUUUAUUGUUUACUUCUGCGUGAUGGGGAAACGAAUGUUGAUGUCAGCCGCUGCGGGUCGUCUCCGCGCCCUCCUGCUCCUCCUCCUCACCUGCGGGAGCUGCGCCUCCUCUCCGGCUGCCUCAGACUCGCUGCCCGGCCUGGGAGGCUUCACCUACCCGUACAACAGCAUCCUCUCCCCGCUGCUCAGAGCCCUGUCCGAGCACGGGGGGGCCAGGUGGGACUCGAGCCUGCGGAGGACGAUGACACCUGAGCACAGGUACAUGACGUACCUGAAGGAGGUCUACAAGAAGGCCUCCAGAGUUCAGAGGAGCAUCGAGGGAGGUCAAGUCCACAACACCAUCCGACUGAUCAAACCCCAAGAUGAGUGUCUUACACAAAGCAAGAAGGGAACUUUUCUGCAGGAUUUGUCUUACAGCCUCGAUCAAGUGAGAAGAAAAGAGCGGCUUCUGAGGUCGGCCCUGCUGUACAGCUUGGACCGCGAGAACUCGGCGCCGGUCUACCCUGUGUGUUACCUGAGCAUCAAGGAGCACGACCAGUCCGACCAGUGCCAGCUGUGCGCCGAGAUCCACCACACUCUGAACUUCACAGACAGGAGUGGGAGGAGGAGGAGCAGCAGGAACUGGGUGGAAGUCGACGUCACCCCGUUUCUUCAGCGCUUCAAAGUGCAUCAGAAGAACAUGCACCUGCUCAUCAACACCUCCUGCCCCGAGGAGCACGGAGCAAGACGCCACAGCUCCAGAGCGCCGCCGGAGUUCACCCUGAGGUCGCCGCCGCUCAUCCUUUAUCUCACCGACACGAGCAAAGUCGCCCACCAGAGGUCGAGGCCGUCGGGCACAGAUCCGACGCAGAGGCGUGGGCACAAGAGAUGGAAGAGGGAGUCUUUAAAAAGUAAGGCAGGCGACAAAAGCCUGGACAUGCAGCUGCCCGAGCUUCUGCCGAGCUCCGAGUUCCCGACGACUGACUGCGCCCUGUACGACUUCAGGGUGCGCUUCAGUCAGCUCAAACUGGAUCACUGGAUUGUUUUCCCACCAAAGUACAACCCCAGGUACUGCAGAGGCGUCUGCCCGAGGGCCAUGGGCUUCAUCUACGGCUCGCCCGUCCACACCAUGGUGCAGAACAUCAUCUACGAGAAGCUGGACUCGUCCAUACCCCGACCCUCGUGCGUCCCCUCCCACUACAGCCCCCUCAGCGUCAUGAUUUUCGAAAAAGAUGGCUCUUACGUCUACAAGGAGUUCAAGGACAUGGUCGCCACAAGGUGUACAUGUCGCUAAGCGGUCGCCAUCAGAUCUUCUGACCAGGCUUAGAUGAAUUGAUCAAACUGCUGCACAUAAAAUAAGAUCUGGAGCAGGUGUGUUUACACUAUAAACAUAUUUUAUCAUCAUGUUA